AUGGACGAUCCUCAGAGUGAGGACACCGCCGACGGCGAUAAUGGUGCCGAAUCCCAGUCUCGGCUGCCUCUUUCGGCGGAUGAGCAACGAGUCAUCCAGCUGUAUGACCAGCUGCAACAGCUGCGACUAGAGAUCGCCAUUAUCAAAGCGCAAGCAUUGCCUUCGCCUUCGUCCGGUAUGGCGACCGAUAUCCAAAUUUACCCCUCAUGCCAGCACACUCACACGGUCGCCACAGCAGCACGAGGCUCCGAUGAAGUGUCGGCAGAGGCUCAGCAAGACCUCCUCGAUUCUAGGGCAAGGUUCAGGCUAAGGCAAGACGUGAUAGAAGCCGUCAUGACUGCAAACCCGAUCCUCAAGGCCGUACAUGGCGGCACGGAUGCAUCCCCCGUAGAACGGCACGUCAGCGGUCUGCCCGGUGGUUUGGAGGCUGUGAGUCCUUGGCUAACGCAAACUAGGGAUUUGCUCCCUCGCGUGCAGGAACGAGACGAGGCCGCCCUUACUGUCGCUAAGCAGGCAUCGGACAUGGGCAUGUUACGCAAUGAACUGAUCAAGAUCCAGGCGGAGACGGCACAAGUCGCGCGACAUAACGUCGGGCUAACUUCUGCGCUCCUUGACUUGGUGACACAGCUGAAGCAGAAGCAAGCGGGCCAUCCUGAUGAUGUCACGACAGAGGGAGAGAUGGCGCGAUUACGGGGCGAGGUGAAGGCCAGCAGGCAACGAUGGAGAGUCGUAAAGGGUGUGGCAAGCGGCAUGGUUGCUGGGAGCGGCGUUGAUUGGGCGCGCGACGACGAGCUGCGCGAUAUCGUGCUCGAACCGGAAGACGAGGAUUGGUAA